GUUUGUCUGUAGACGCGUACCAUCGCGCUAUACAAAACUCCUUAUUCAGAGCGCUAGCGAGUCGCGAAUUCGUUUUUAUUAUUUUUAAUUUGGCUUGUAGCCAUUGUAUGGAGCGUGAAAAACUAUCAUUAUUGGUGUUAGAGAAGCGUGAGGCGCUCGCGGGAGUGUCUAAGGAACUCCGCGACGAUGACGUCAUCUUCUCUGACGAGGCGGCGGUGGAUCUCGAGUGUCCGAGGGCCUCGAGCGACCUCGGCCCCGACGAGGAGCAGGCCGACCCUGAGUCGCCCCCAGUGGGCCGUUGGGGCGACGAGUGGCCCAGUUGACUCGAUGAGUGCGACAUCGACUCGGGCGUGCACCACCUGACGCCGACACUUCCGCCCCCCCGGUGGGCGCGGCCGCUGCAACCGAUCCACCUAACGAAGGAGACCUAUGAGGACCUCGUCGCCCAGUCCGAGGCGAUAUUAAGGUUCCUCCUCGUAUACAAUAACUACGACUCCGUGAGCAACUUCAUCACGUUGUACGAUGCUUUCCAAAAGACUAACCAGCCCUUGUUCGAUAUGUACGAGAAGUACUUCCCGCCUAUCAUGAGAAGGAAGAAAACAUGCGUGGGUCUCGCCAUGGAGCUGAAAACCAGGUGGCAGGCUUUGGAUAACCAGUUCCCAGGGUUUGCGUUGGCUACCUCUAUCGUAUCUUGCGAGGAAGCAGUCUUAGAUGUAAGGGAUUACGUGAUGAUGGGCAAGGGGCCGGACUCUGUGGCGUACGCGGAGAAGGAACACGUACUGGUGUGCGUGCAGGUGGUCAUCGAUGGCCGCCCGGGCGCCAUGCUCGCCGACCCCGGAUACCAUCUCCCGAGCUUGAUCAUUGUGAUGCAUGAUCAAAUUCAUCCGCAUACAGGCUGGUUCAAACAAUCAGAAGAACCAAAGUGCCGUAAAGACUUCGAGUACAGUUACAACCCGAAGAACAGCAACUAUGUGGAGUGGAGAGAGCGAGUGACCCGUGGCACUGACGUCAAGGUCCAGACCUCUCUGGUGUACGUGGCGCAGCCUUUCUUGGACUGCGUUCAGAUCACAGAAAAACGGAAUCUGGUGUAUAACUUCAAAAGUUUGCUAGCCCGGGACACUGAUGGGCGCCUGGUAGCCGGUAUGUAUUUCCCGGUGGGCAGCGACACGGAGUCUGCUACCUUCACCAUCUUCACCGACGACGGCACGGAGAAGCGGAGAACCAAGUACAACUUCAGCGACUUCAGAGAACCUUUUAUGGUACAACGUUCCGUAUUGGACGAGCUUGAGCAGUGCAGUGUAAAGCUGCGAUUCAAGAGGCGCGGCCUGCUGUCCAUAAUCACCAAGAUCGCCCACAUCAUGGCCGACCAGUCGUUCGUGGAGCAGAUGCUUGAAAUAAACGAGGACAUAUGCCGCAUGUAUCUGUGACAAGAAGUCGGGCGCAAUAUGGCGCCCGUUAAACCUGUCUGAAUUCACAUAUUAAUCAAUUUAUAUUCAUCAUCACUUCAGCUGAUUGACGUCCACAGAAGGACGCAGAUGGUCUUUUGUAGGGAAUUCCAAAAUCCAUUGUCCUGGGUCACUUGUUUCCAGCGGCUCCCGGUGACUCGUUUGAUGUAGUCUAUCCAUCUCGGGCCCCCGACACUUUGUUUACUCAGGACCCCAACGUCCAUUGGUUCUCCGAGCUAUAUGUCCCGCCCAUUGCCACUUCAGCUACGCGACUCCUUCAGCUAUGUCGGUAACUCUAGUUCUUCUACGGAUCUCUGCAUUUCUCAUAGCUCUCUCAAUCUCUCAAACCCGCUGAGUGGUUCAGAGCCUUCUUAUGAGGCCCAUAGUAAGCAACGUUUCAGAUCAUUAAUUCAUCACUGGCAACACGCACUGUUCGAAGUUUAUAUUCAUUUGUCGCAGUAAAAAGCAACUGUAACAUCCACUACUUGACCGAGGUGAUCAAAAUUCACGGUCUUCUGCCAAUUAUAUCUAUCUAGAGCAUCAUUGCAUCUCGUUGAGUUGGUCUCUCCACCUAAUGAAGGUCUACAAACGUACUAUUGCCACUUUAGCAUUGCAACUCGUUGAGCAAUGUCGACAACUUUGGUAUUCAACCUUACUUGAGCCUUAGGACUCGCUUUCUGUGGGAUUACUGCCAUCGCAGCUUUAUAUUACAACCCUUAAAAAAUAAGGAUUAAAUAUAAUUCUGGAAAUAAGAGCGUCAACAUUAAAAUAACAUUGCUUAAGCGAUGGUAGUAAACCCAUGAAGAUCCAUAUUUACUCGUAGUAUAAGUUAAAAAAAAACAUGAAUAUAAUAUUAAUUUAAUUGGUGAAUGGUUAAAUUAUAUAAUUAUGUGGUUCCUUUGGCUUUCAAUUUGUCAUUAUAUAUUAUGGUUAAAUCAAAUGUAUCUUUUGGUGAAUAACAUAUUAAUUAUAUCUCACUAAUUAAAAGAUGUAUCCCGA